AUGGCUGAAGAUGGUUUGCCUAAAAUGUAUUCCCACCCACCAACAGAAAGCAGCAGAACACCAACGGAAGCAACCAUUCUCUUUGGGGCCGACAACACCAUUCCUAAAUCAGAAACAACUAUCACUUCAGAAGGAGACCAUGUGACUUCAGUAAAUGAGUAUACUCUAGAAAGUGAUUUUUCCACAGCCACAGGCAACAAACUUACACCUACAAAGGAAAAACUCAAAUCAGAAGAUAACACUGGAAGCCACUGUCCUAAGCCAGCAACUCAUCUGGAGAAAGAAAUCGUGCCUCCGACGGGUACUACAAACUCCAUAGCAAAUGACACUAUUACUGAAAAUUUUGUUCCAAUGAAAAUUUCAUCACCUGUUGCUACUGUUUCUUUAAUAGAUUUUUCUACUAACAUAGAAAAAGAAGAUAUCCUCUUGGCUACCAUUGACAGAGCAGAUGAAGAGAUCUCAGCAGCCUCUGAGGACUCAGGCACAGUAAGGGACAGCACUGUCAUCGUUGAUGACACCCUUACCUUUCCAGAUGAAAAAGGUAAAGCUGACGGUAACAAUUGUAAUUCCUCUGUCAAAUCUCACGUUCCUGCUGAGGGGGCUGUCCAGGUCACUGACUCCUUUAUCCCUGAGACUAAAAUCUCUCCCUCUCCUGAUGAAAAUAUCACCACUAUUCCAGACAUAACUGAUCUCACAGAAGAGAAAAUAACUGAAAUUGACCUAAUUGUUUCAGAGGACGACCCCAAUGCUGUGGCGAAACUAAGUGAAGCAGAUGAAGAGAAGUUCAUCACCGUGUUUGAACUCACGGCCUCUGCUGAAAAAGACAAAGACAACACAGAGGAGACUGCACUGACGGAUGAGGAGUCUAGUGAGGAGGCCAACGUCUGGCUGGAGAGAGAGUCUGCAAAUGAAGCCGAGACCCAUUCCGUCCUGCUCACUGCCGUCGAGUCCAGAUAUGACUUCGUCGUGCCCACACCAGUAGCUACAAACAUCGAGGAAGAAUCAUCUGCCAGGACCACAGAAGAUCUGUCUGAGAAUAACAGAACAGACCCUGAAGGGAAAGUCAUCAAGUCAUUUUCUGAAGCUGCCUCUAGGCUAGACACCCCAGACUACAAGGAAGACACCUCCACAGCUGAAACGGGCAUCUUUAAACUACUGAAGGAAGACCCAGAUGAGUUCAUGAUUUGA